AUGCACCAUCCUCUUGGACAUACCCCAACGGCAUUUGAUGAUGAUUCGGACAUUUCCUGGGAGCUGCUACUUUUGCUGAUGUGCUCCGCGAGCUCUACUAUCAAAAUUUUAGAGGGGACAUUUGAGAAUUGGGUUGUUAAAUGGAACGGAUCGCCAGAUCAGCCAGGAGACGACGGAGCUCCAGGAAAGGCCGGAGACAACAGUCACGACGGAAUCCCAUCCCCAAUUGACGCCUAUGCCCAACACGACUGCAUCAAGUGCCCAGCAGGAGCCCCAGGGCCAGCUGGACCAGACGGAGAGGCUGGAGCCCCAGGAGAAGACGGACCAGCUGGAAACGACGGUGCCGCAGGUGAAGCCGGAGCCCCGGGAUCCGAUGGAAAGAAUGGACAACGCGGACAGGGAGCUCCAGGACCACAGGGACCAGAAGGACCAGCCGGGGCUGCAGGACAAGACGGAGCACCAGGAAAAGACGGAGAGACCGGACCAGAUGGAGCCGCUGGAGAGGCCGGAGGUGAAGGAGCACCAGGACCAGACGCUGCUUACUGCCCAUGCCCACCAAGAACCGUCGGAUACGGAGAGGGUGACCAGCCACAGGCUGAGCAAUCCGGAUACAGAAGACGUGCUGCUAGACGGCUCUAG